AUGCUUUUGUUUCAUGUGACUGCAGACUGCAGAAGUACAAGCUACUGAUCUAAAUGUCUUGUAAAGCAGAAAGAAAACAUUCUGAAUUGGUGAACAAAUUAUUACUCAUGGGAGGGAGUGAUGCUGGUAGCAGAUCUAAGAGCAGACACAGAGAUGAGAGCAAAUCCAGAAGCUUGUCAUCAUCAAGUGCCAGGAGAUCCAGUCCAAGCCCUCAAAAGAGACAUGAACGUUAAUCUGACAGAAAAAAGAUGAAAAGGAGAAGUCCCUCCAGCUCUUCAUCGUCUUCCAGCUCCACUUCCGCAUCCAGAGAAAAAAAGACCAAGAAAAAAAAGAAACGCCAAGAAGUUAAGAAACUGAAGCAUGAAAAGAAAAAGGAAAAGAAGCGGCAAAAGAAGCUAGCAUUGAAAGCUGAAAGAGCAGCAGCUUCCGUAUCAAAUGCUGUUUCUGAUGAAACACCUCAAACAUACCUGAAGAACUGGCAGAGUGAAGAAGCUAAAGUACACGGCCGUGUCAUGACUGAUGAACAGAAGGCCAGUUUUUGCACCAAGAGACCAAUGACAAAGGAAGAUUAUGAGGCCAAGCAAAGCGUCAUCCGUCGGGUCCUGGACCCUGAGACUGGACGAACCAGGCUUGUAAGAGGUGACGGGGAAAUUUUAGAAGAAAUUGUCAGCAAGGAGCGGCCCAAGGAAAUCAACAAGAAAGCCACUAAGGGAGAUGGUGAUGCCUUCCAGAAGAGAUUGGGCAUCAAUAGGUAGCGAGGUGUCAAUUUUAAGACAAGUCCUCGCCAGUCUAAAGCCUUCUCCUGCAUUUCUACAAGAAUUCAACCGUUUUCUUACUUUCUUUUAUAUUCCUCCCCAUUGAAUAAAUGUCACAGGAAUGUGAUUCCAGAACGACAUUUUGCCCUCAGAUAUUGUACAGGAAUGAGUAUGCAUUCAAUGCAUAAUCAUUGUCCAGGCGUAACCGAAAGGUUACAGAGCUGAACAAUAUUUAGUUUUGGCAGAAAAUUCAUUGUAACUGUGCAACCAAAUGAGGCUAAUUAACCCCAUUCACUUCAACACUGUUUACUAUUUGACUUUCUUCAAAGUCAAAGCAGGAAGAGUCUGUAUCUCGUUUAUCCGUUAAUGUAGAAAGACUUUCUUAAUGGCUAAUUUAUUUGUAAAUAAGGUCAUUUGCAGUCUGAUAGUAUUCAUUACAACUAAA